CCGCCCCCUCCGCGCUUCUCGCGAGAGCUGGGGAUGCCGCCGCCGCCGCCGCCGCCGCCGCGGAGGGGGAGACACUCGGGGGGAGCCAGUGACGUCGGGAGUUUUCCUGAAAGUCAAUAACGAGCCCGGCGGAGGCGGCGGGAGGAGCCGAGAGCGGGGCCCGGGCGGCUCCGGGGUGAGCGCGCCGGGGGGAGCCGCCGCCGCCGCCCUCCUGACCCCGCGCAUUGAUGCUGCGGCCGCGCUGCCCGCCCGGGCGUCUCCCUGCGUAGCGGGGCGCGCAGCUCCAUGUAGCCGCCGCCGCCAGCACCCUGGGGCCGGAGCCUCCUGCCGCCCCCGCGGAGACACCGGCCGCCAGGGACCGCCGAGCCCGGCGGGGGGACAGGGGAGGAGGCAGCGACGCCCUCCCCUUCUCCCCCCGGAGCCGCCGCCGCCCUCCGGCUCCGCAGCAGCGCCCGCGGCGCCGCCGCCUCUGCAGGCUGACUCAUCAGUAGAAACUGGGAAGAGCUACAGAAGAGAAGCCAAACAGACAAGCUGAUAACUCAAAGAAAUACUAUUUUGAGGGGUUCAGAGUGGAGCCAUCAUGAGCGAUGUUACCAUUGUGAAGGAAGGUUGGGUUCAGAAGAGGGGAGAAUAUAUAAAAAACUGGCGGCCAAGAUAUUUCCUGCUAAAGACAGAUGGCUCUUUCAUAGGCUAUAAGGAGAAGCCCCAGGAUGUGGAUCUGCCAUAUCCACUCAACAACUUUUCAGUGGCAAAAUGUCAACUAAUGAAAACAGAGCGACCAAAGCCAAACACGUUCAUAAUCAGAUGUCUUCAGUGGACCACUGUCAUAGAGAGGACGUUCCAUGUGGACACUCCAGAGGAACGGGAAGAAUGGACAGAAGCAAUCCAGGCUGUAGCAGACAGACUUCAGAGGCAAGAAGAGGAGAGGAUGAACUGUAGUCCAACUUCACAGAUAGACAAUAUAGGAGAAGAGGAGAUGGAUGCUUCAACAACCCAUCAUAAAAGAAAGACAAUGAAUGAUUUUGACUAUUUAAAGCUACUGGGCAAAGGCACAUUUGGCAAAGUUAUUCUGGUUCGAGAGAAGGCUAGUGGGAAAUACUAUGCUAUGAAGAUUUUGAAAAAAGAAGUCAUUAUUGCGAAGGAUGAAGUGGCUCAUACUCUUACAGAAAGCAGAGUGUUGAAAAACACCAGACACCCUUUUUUAACGUCCUUGAAAUAUUCCUUCCAGACAAAGGAUCGUUUGUGUUUUGUGAUGGAGUAUGUUAAUGGAGGAGAGCUGUUUUUCCAUUUGUCGAGAGAGCGGGUGUUCUCAGAGGACCGCACACGCUUCUAUGGUGCAGAAAUUGUCUCUGCUUUGGACUAUCUGCAUUCUGGAAAGAUUGUGUACCGUGAUCUCAAGUUAGAAAAUCUAAUGUUGGAUAAAGAUGGACACAUAAAAAUUACAGAUUUUGGACUUUGCAAAGAAGGGAUCACAGAUGCAGCAACUAUGAAAACGUUCUGUGGUACUCCAGAAUACCUGGCACCUGAGGUGUUGGAAGAUAAUGACUAUGGUCGUGCAGUGGACUGGUGGGGAUUGGGAGUUGUCAUGUAUGAAAUGAUGUGUGGGAGAUUACCAUUCUACAACCAAGAUCACGAGAAACUCUUUGAACUGAUACUAAUGGAGGACAUAAAAUUUCCUCGAACUCUCUCUGCAGAUGCAAAAUCAUUACUUUCAGGCCUACUGAUAAAAGAUCCAAAUAAGCGACUUGGUGGAGGCCCAGAUGAUGCAAAAGAAAUCAUGCGUCAUAGUUUCUUUGCUGGAGUAAACUGGCAAGAUGUAUAUGAUAAAAAGCUUGUACCUCCUUUUAAACCUCAAGUGACAUCUGAGACAGACACCAGGUAUUUUGAUGAAGAAUUUACAGCUCAGACUAUUACAAUAACGCCGCCUGAAAAAUAUGAUGAAGAUGGUAUGGACUGCAUGGACAAUGAGAGGCGGCCGCAUUUCCCCCAGUUUUCCUACUCUGCAAGUGGACGAGAAUAACUUUUUGUUCUGCUGCUUCACUGUCGUCUUAGGUUUAUCACUGAAAAUGAUUCCUGAACAUCACCACCAGUACUAGAUACUAUUUAAGAUAGCAGGGGCACUUUCAGAGAUCAUUCCAAAUUGAACAAGUUUCUUCCCCAAACCUACCUAAAAUCCAUUUUGGUUUUUGCAUGAAAUAUGGUAUUUCUCUACGCUCUCUGCUGUUGCUGCUGCCCACAGUCUCAAUAUAAUAGCAACGUCAAGAAGUAAUUAACAAUUUCUUUGAAGGUAGAUGACUUGACUUCAGCAUUGUAUACUCUGUGCGCAAAUAGUCAUCUAUUUUUCCUCACAGUGGAGGCUAAACAAAUCAUGUUGGUCCAGAUUAUCUUCUUCUAGAAGAUGAGUCAAAAUUGUAAUUAGUCUAAAAAGACUAGUUUAUAAUAUUUUCUUGCAUCUGUCUGUGCUGGUUAGAACAAGGAAACAUAGGGGUGGUGAUGUACAUAUGCAAGGUUUUUGUUAGGCAUAUCAUUACUUGAAGCAGGUCUCUGUCAUUAACAUCUGGCUGGAGUUUGUUUGGGAAACAUUUGAGAGAAGGACUUAAACUGUUGAUAUAUAUAAAUAUAUAUAUAUAUUAUUUUUUAAUUACUGUUGGAUACUACAGAAGAAGCAGAAGGGCUGGGCUCACCCAGCCUGCCACUUAGAACUUCCAGGUUCAUGUGCAAUCAUGGAGAAUCGAACAUUAUACAUGCAAGAAAUGAAGGCAUAAAAGCAGCAGUUGAAGUUGUUUAAGGGUCUUAUAAUUUGCACCAGAUAACAUCUUAUUCAUGCUUUUCUUUUUCUUUCAUGAUAUACAUCACCUCUGAUGGCUGAAGAAUGUAGACAGGCAUAAUGGUAUUGCUUUUCACCAAAAUGUGUGCACCAAGGUAAACAGGUGUUUGCCUUAUUUGUUUUUAUUUUGAGGUUGUGAAUUAGCUUUUUCUCCGGGUGUUUAACUCUGAAUAUUCUUUUUUUUUUUUUUUUUUGUUAUACUGCAGUAGUAUUUAUUUUUAGUGAUAAGGAUUGUGUGUGUCAUGUUUGCAAAUGCUGCUACAUCUUAGAUAGAACAGGCUUAUAGCAGUUAAUUUUGUAAUAUAUGGAAGGACUGUACAAGCUGAAGGGAAUAAUGCACUUUUCUCCCAUGUGGAAAUUUUAACAAGGCUCUGAAAUUGUACAUAUUGCUUAGAAUCAGAUUUUUGUGAAUGAAAUACUGUCUUUUAAUUCUUUGGCAAUGGAGAUGAGGAAUUCCAACUUCAUGCGCCAAAGGGUUAAAAAAAAAAAAAGAAAAGAAAAGAAAAGAAAGAAAGAAGCAAGCUACAUCUUGUACUCCAUUGAGGAUUAACACAAUAUAAAACCCUGACAGCACAAUAGAAAUUUUCAGUUAUAUAAGAAAUGCAUUUGAACAAUGAGACCACAGUGAUUACAAGAAAAGCACUUUAUUAUAAUAAUUAAAAUAGUAAAUGUCUGGGAUCAGCCAUUCUCAAGGAAGGAUUGCCUUCAACCAAAUAAGUCAUGAAAUCCAGCAUGUUAUGUGUAACCGUGGUACCUGACUGACUGAAUUUAAAACGUCACAAGCAACACUCCACUGAUAGGAAAAUGUUUUCUUUCCAUUUCCGAAGAUUUGCAUCUGACAGAAUGUGUGCAUAAACUUUAGCUUUGAUCUUCAGCAAUGAUAAUCUUAAUAAUAAACCCUUUGGUGCUAGGAGUUGGGCUACUAAAGCAGCUGCCAGUCAGUGCAGUCAUGGUGUGCAUGUGCCCCCGGCUAGUGACAUCAGAAAACCCUGACUCCAUGGGAUUAUCAUUUGAAGUAUCUCUGUGUUUGUAUCUGGUUAGCUCCCACAAAGACUGUGAUAUCACAGAGUAUUACUGAUUGCAUUGUAUGAAUGAGUAGAUGAGUCUGAAAGGAGAAAUGUUCAUACGCAGAUGCCUUAGCCUCUUGAAGUUGAAAGUUGAGUACCCUAGCAUGAAAGCCACUGCUGGCAGUGCAUAUGCUGGGACAGUCAAGGGGUAGAUGGGCAUUAUAGCAAGGCAGCUAAAGACGCAGACUAAUUUAGACAAUUUUUCGUGUGUUAUGUUUUAUCUUUAAUAAUGGAUGGAUAAUCAGAAAUAUAUCAUGAUGUAUAUUCUAACUAUGUAGGACUCAUUCUGUCACCUUGUAACACUAAAUGCUCACAUACAGAGAUUUACUCCUCUAUGGAGAGGGAAAAGAGCACAGCAAAUGCAUUGGAGGUCUGUUCUGCACUGUUCGUGUGGAAGUGUCUACACUGAUGCAGUGACUGACUGAAAUAACUGGUUACUUAACAGGCGGGCAUUAUUUAGUUCUCUGAAAAGGCCUCAUCCGUACAGACUAAAACUGAAGUGAUUCAAAAUCUAUGUUAUAUGCCUGUGUUUUUGUCCUGGCCAGCAGUUCCUCAUGUGCAGAAGAAACGCUGUGGUUAGAUGGUUACUGCGUAGCUAGUUAGAAUGCAGUUUGCAGUAAAUAUCUGUUGGUGAAUUAUUUGAAAACCUUUUAAGACUUCACUUUGCGUUGUAUUAUCUGCCUUCCAAAAUACCAUUGAUCAAGUUGAUAUUACGGAGAGAGGUAACGUUCACUUAAUGCUGCCUGGAGUUGGGAAAUUCUUAUUUCUGUCACCAGUGUUAGAAAUGGAUGAGAGAGAAAUUGUCAAGCUGUGCUAAGAGAAACCUCUGAAGCUCUUCUUUACUGUUCCCAGUUGUAGCUGGAUUUGGACAGUAGCUGGUGACUGGUUCCCUUGAGCCUUUGAAGCACAGUACAUUUCAGGCUUUGACUCCAGCUUGUACUGACUUCCAUGACGUACAGUAUGCCCUCUUGUACUGCAGCCAUCUCUGAGGAAAUAGGUCAUUUCUGUUUGGAUUUUGGCAGUUUUGCACACAGCUUUGCUUUCCACACUAAUCCAUCUUCCAGUACAUUCCUGUUGCUUAAAGAACAUUUAUUCCAGUAUUGUUUUACAUUUUUUUCCAUCUUUAUUUGCGGCUUCUUAAAGCUGACUGUUCUUGCAGGGGCCAUGUGCUUCUCCUAGAGUACAAAAGUAAGGUCUUUCCUUACUAACUGCAGGGUCUAUAUAUUACACCUCAAUGUACACACUUUGCUGCUACUGUUUGUACUGUCUACAGUAGAAUUUCCUUAUCUUGCUCCUGGUAGUGCAUUACAGGCAAGCAUGAAAUGUAAAGUAUUUAUUUAAAUAAAAACCUCUAAAUUGGUAAUUGAAUUACCUCCCUGUAGCUUUAGAGUUUGUGACAUUUCUUGACCUUGCUAGUUCUUUCAUUAGAUCCAUGCAAGAUCUAGUCAUAUGGUUAAGGAUAUUAAGCAGACACGACUAUGAACCCAAGAAACCGUAUUACUGUUGGUCAUACUUAAACUGUUUAUUUCCUUAAGUAUAUGACCCACAAGGAUGUGAAAUAACUACAAGAAACUGUUUUUGUACACUGUACAUCCUUAGUAUUUUUACACGUAUAUGAUAGGGAUGCACAUUAUUUUCCUUCGUACAGACAGCUUAAAUAAAGCACUAUGUCAAUCUGCUA